AGCGGCGAAGGUCACUGCAAUUGGGGAUCGGGAGUCGUGGGGAAAUCAUCCAAUUGGACAGACCUUUCUUCUAACUGCGAUUAUGGGCCUUCUCCGAGUUAUACGAGAGACCUUCUUGGACUUUGGUAGAAAUACCUCCAUUGCGGGCUUGAACAAUGCGAUGAAGGCCAAAUCAAUCAUCCGCUCUCUCAUCUGGUUGACUCUCUUCAGUGUCGGUUUGUACUUCACGCUGGUCGGGAUUAUCAGCGUGGUCAAGGACUACAAUCAAUACCCCGUUGUUACCAAAACCGAACUUCAACAAGAGAAGCUCGUCAACUUUCCCGCCAUCUCUAUUUGUAACCAUAACAGGGUUCAUUGUAAUAAUCUACUCACUCAAUACUACACGUUGAAGGAGGUUCUAGAAAAUGGAACUACAACUUCUGGACUGAAUCAGACCAUUCUGAUAUUGAGCGAGCUCUUUGAUAAGACCGGUUGUCGAGCACAAGUGUGUGACCAAAUAAUCGAACCUUUGGCGGUUAACCGUUCUGCUACAGUGAACUAUUCCUCCACAGAUUGGAACUUGGUGAGGUUGGCGCAGAUCGAUUGCAAUUUGGAGUCUGAAGAACGGGAACUAAUAUGUUACCACUUGGCUUUUGCUUAUGAGGAAACGACCAACAAUUCCAAGUACACGGGACCCGUGGUAAAGCGGGUGACGAAAGCUCAAACUUCUUUUAAGUGCGGACAGGUGAAUGUUUGCAAAUAUGGCGUGGUUGAAGUGACUAAUGACAAGGCAGGGCCCAUUUCUGACGUGAAAACGGGUGGUGGCAAACCGACCAUUGCAUAUCGCUACCCAGAGGCCUGUUCAAGCGAUGCCUCCAACAAUGACAAUGAACCCAAUCAACAGAAUGGGCAAAACCCAGAUGAACAAGGCCCAAAUGAAACCCAAACCGGAGACACCACGAAUGAAACUUCAAAUGGAAGUCAAGGCGGAGGAAGUGCAAAUGCAUCUAUAAAUGGAACUGAUGAAGGGACUACAAACGGAAAUUCAAGUGGAACCCAAGGAGCAGGAGACACAACGAAUGGAACUUCAAAUGGAACUCAAGGCGGAGGAAGUGCAAAUGCAUCUAUAAAUGGAACUGAUGAAGGGACUACAAACGGAAAUUCAAGUGGAACCCAAGGAGCAGGAGACACAACGAAUGGAACUUCAAAUGGAACUCAAGGCGGAGGAAGUGCAAAUGCAUCUAUAAAUGGAACUGAUGAAGGGACUACAAACGGAAAUUCAAGUGGAACCCAAGGAGCAGGAGACACAACGAAUGGAACUUCAAAUGGAACUCAAGGCGGAGGAAGUGCAAAUGCAUCUAUAAAUGGAACUGAUGAAGGGACUACAAACGGAAAUUCAAGUGGAACCCAAGGAGCAGGAGACACAACGAAUGGAACUUCAAAUGGAACUCAAGGCGGAGGAAGUGCAAAUGCAUCUAUAAAUGGAACUGAUGAAGGGACUACAAACGGAAAUUCAAGUGGAACCCAAGGAGCAGGAGACACAACGAAUGGAACUUCAAAUGGAACUCAAGGCGGAGGAAGUGCAAAUGCAUCUAUAAAUGGAACUGAUGAAGGGACUACAAACGGAAAUUCAAGUGGAACCCAAGGAGCAGGAGACACAACGAAUGGAACUUCAAAUGGAACUCAAGGCGGAGGAAGUGCNGGGGGGGCAACGUUCAUUGCCUACCUUUCUAGAUUGAGCAGCACGGAGUCCUCGUUUGGCACUAGUACUCCCGGUUUUAUUCAAGAAUGCACGUAUCGAGGGAAAUCGUGUUCGGAUCCAAAAUUUUGGUUUGCCCAAGACACGCCAGGAUAUGGCAAUUGCUACUCGUUUAACGCAGCCUUUGCCGACAUCGAUGAUGCGGCUCCCCGGAAGGCCUCCCUCACGGGUAUCACAAACGGUAACUAG